AUGAGAGAGAAGGAGACACAGCAGCAGCAGCAGCUGCUGCUGCUGCAGCAGCAGCUGCAGCAGGAGCAGGAGCAGCAGCUGCAGCAGGAGCAGGAGCAGCAGCUGCAGCAGCAGCUGCAGCAGGAGCAGGAGCAACAGCAGCAGGAGCAGCAGCAGCUGCAGCAGCAAGAUAUUUUGUCUCCUUCUUAUACAAACACCCCCUCAGCUGUCUCCUCUCUUUCUCCUUAUAAACAAAACCCUAACGAUGAUGGAUGCAGCGAGGGGGGCCCCUGCAUGGGGGGCCCCCACAUAUGCAGUACCCUCCCGCCUCCUUUCUGUUGUGGUGUUGGUCUCCGCACCUCUUGCUGCUGCAGCAACUGCAGCAGCAGCAGCAGCAGCAGCAGCAGCAGCAGCAGCAGCAAUAUACUGAAGAAAGUACCUCCAGCCUUGAGAGAUAUGGUGGAGGCGUGGCUGCAGGUGAAGCAGUGGGCGGAGGGCCCCCAGCAGCAGCAGCAGCAGCAGCAGCAGGGGGGCCCCCAGCAGGAGCAGCAGCAGCAGCAGCAGGGGGGCCCCCAGCAGCAGCAGCAGCAGCAGCAGCAGGGGGGCCCCCAGCAGCAGCACGGGAGAGCUGAGAGGUGGUUAUGUAUUAUAGCGAAGCUAGCAGACACAGACACCCUCAAUAGUCUCCUUCUUUCUCUUGGUUUAGAUAAACAGCAGCAGGAGCAGCAGAUGCGGCUGCAGCAGCAGCAGGAGCAGGAGCAGCAGAUGCGGCGGCAGCAGCAGCAGGAGCAGCAGCAGCACCAGCUGCAGCAGCAGCAGUUGCGGCAGACACAGAUGCAGCAUCAGCAACAGUUGCAGCGGGAGCUUUUGCAGCAGCAACAGCUGCAGCAACAGCAGCAGCAGCAGCAGCAGCAGCAGCAGCAGGAACAACAAGAAUAA